AUGACAAAGCGGCCUCUCGAGACGUCUGACUUGGCCAAGAUUAAGGCCUUGUGCCCCCAAUUAGUUCACUUUGGCUACGUGCAAAGCUUAAGGUUGCAAGAGGCGCAAUCUUCUAAACGACGUCGUCGCGAAGAUGCAUACCAGCCGCAGCGUCCUAUGGAUGACUACAUUCUCACAUUCGAAUUUCUUGAUCGUGAUAAUUCUUCCGAUAAAGCGACAUCAAGGCGCUAUGUGGCAUCAUCAAAGCCUCGACAGGAAGCUGCCCAGGAACUUAUUUCACGACGCACGAACACCUUUGCUAGAGCCAUGCAGGGUUGGGUAGAUCAACACUGUCAAAACGACCCUGUGGAAUGUUUGCACAGUAAAAGUCAAUCUUUUAUGCCUACACCCCCAAAAAAGAACAUACCACCUACUUGCACGCGAUCUAGCAUAAAAAGCAUUCUUGAAACAAUAUCACACGUUUCCUGGUGGCGGGAUCAAAUUGUUCCAGGUGGUAGGAGAACAUUCCCUGCCAAGUUAGCCCAGUUUGCACAAACAGAACCACCCCUUGAUCAAGAAAUGAUGGAUGCUCUCCAAGAUACUCACGGGAUCCAGCAGCUAUAUUCGCACCAGGCAGCUGCAUUGACGCAUAUCCAGCGUGGUAAGCAUGUUGUCGUAAGUACAAGCACAUCAUCGGGCAAAUCACUCGUGUAUCAAGUGCCCAUUGCCCAUGCGCUAGCUCAAGAUCCAAAUGCUACAGCUCUCUGCAUUUUUCCCACGAAGGCACUCACGCAGGACCAGCUGAGCUCUCUCUCCCGUCUCUUGCGCCACCAUAAUGGCAUUAAGGAUGCAGAAGCAUAUACAUAUGAUGGAGAUACUCCGGCUGAUGAGCGCGGUAGCAUUCGAACUCGUGCGCGUGUCCUUUUUACGAAUCCAGACAUGCUACAUCAAGCCAUUUUACCCCAUGAAGAAAAAUGGCGUCGAUUCUUGAAAGGAUUGCGUGUAGUGGUGUUAGAUGAGCUGCAUGUGUACACGGGCAUUUUUGGAACACACACAUCGCUUAUAUUGCGCCGUCUACGUCGUUUGUGUGCAGCAUUGGGGAAUGAAUUAUUACAAUUCGUUAGUUGCAGUGCCACCAUCUCUGAGCCCAAAGAACAUCUGAAACAGCUUUUAGGCAUGGAUGUGGGUGAGAUCGAAGAAGUUGGAAACGACGGCGCCCCAUGUGGACCAAAAGAAUGGGUUUUGUGGAAUCCGCCCCUCAUUGAUCCGCACGAUCCAAGUCAUGGUCGCAUGUCCGCAUACAACGAAGUAUCACAGCUAUUCCGGCACCUCCUAUCGAAUGGAGUGCGUACUAUCGUUUUCGCCAAAGUCCGUCGUACUUGCGAAAUUAUUACUCGGAAAGUGCGUGACGAUUUCUUGCAUGACGGUCGCCCUGACUUAGCGCAUCGUGUCCAUGCAUAUCGCUCGGGGUAUGCACCAUCGGACCGGCGCCAGCUGGAAUACGAUAUGGCACAUGGUCAUGUCAUGGGUUUAAUUGCCACUAGCGCCUUGGAGCUCGGCGUAGAUAUCGGUGUUCUUGAUGCUGUUAUUUUAUUUGGUGUACCCUAUUCAUCGGCAAGUAUGCGGCAACAAGCAGGACGAGCUGGACGUCGGCAAAAAGAGUCACUCGUUAUUUUGUUGGGAGAACCAUUUCCUGUGGACCAAUACUACAUGCGAAAUCCUGAGCUGGUGUUUCAACCUCCCAUGACAAAGCUCUGGAUCGAACCCAGUAACGAAUUGAUUUUGGAAGCGCAUAUACGAUGUGCUGCCUUCGAAAUGCCUUUCUCUCCUUCUGAUUCUCGCUUCUUUGGUGAGGCUGGCUGGACUAUUGCACAACGGGUGUGUUUUAGUGAUAAAGCUGGAUAUUAUCAAGUCCAGGAUACCGAAUCGCCUGCCUUGAGCAUACCUAUUCGAGGAGCUCGCCAAGACACGUACCAAUACAUUGAUGUCAUGAUUGGGCAACUUUUGGAAGAAGUUGAGAUUGAACGUGUAUACUUUGAAGCUUACGAAGGAGCUGUGUUCAUACAUCAGGGCAUCACUUACAUAUGUCAGAGCGUUCAUCAUGACAUGCGUGUUGUGUAUCUCGCACGUACCCAGGUGCAAUACUAUACUCGUCCACGCGAUCUCACAGAUAUCGAUCCAUGCGAAGUAUGGCGUAUGCGCACAUUGAAGCAUAACGACAUGUACGCAUAUUAUGGUCGUGUGGACGUGAUAUUUCGUGUGUGGGGCUACUUCAAAGUCGACUGGCGAGCGAAUAUUUUAGAUACUGUCGAUAUUGACGCAGAGCCAUUUGUACGUCCGACACAUGGCGUAUGGAUCGAUGUACCCUGGCAUAUUGUUGAAAAGCUCACAGAACAUGAUAUUCUCGCGCCCGCUGCGAUACAUGCCGCAGAGCACGCGAUACUGAACUUGACCUCGCUUUUUGUGGCAAGUUCCGCUGACGACGUUCGUACCGAGUGUAAGAUAUCCCUUCGAGAAUUGAGUGGACACAAAACGCAACGUCUUCGCCCUUCUCGGCUAAUUUUUUAUGAUAAGCCUGGUCAAAAUGCCGGAGUUUGUGCACAGGUCUUCGAACAUCUAUCUUCUUUACUGCAAAUGGCUUUACAUGAAAUGGAAUCGUGUGAAUGUACAGACGGAUGUCCUGAAUGCAUUGAGGCGCCCACUUGCCGACAUGGAAAUUUGGUAUCUUCGAAACGAGGGGCUUUGGCCGUCUUGCGCAGUUUGUUGCACCGACCUCUAUUCGACAACGAAGACACUUUACCAACUCGGCAGAGUGAUCUAGAGGCCCUGUCACAUACGCUGUGUGAACCAGAACCUGUCCCACGGCGUAAAGGAACUCAAAUCGAACAUAUCAUUGAAGAGCCUCGCGGUGAGCAUGAUAAAAGGCCAAACUGCAUGGAUCAUGUUGGAAGCUCGUUGUUUUUUGAGGAUGUAUAG